GCUUGAAGUAACACUAGUAUUACAGUUAGUUAGUUGAAAGUAGCUGGCACAUUUGCUUCUUGGCACCGUCACAUUCUUUUGUCUUGUUGUGCGGAGUCUUGCUGCAACGUUGCUUCAUUGCAUCCAGUUGCCGUAUGCCCCACUGUCGAUUUAUAUACUAGUAGAAAAAGCAUACCCUAAGAAUCCCUGGACGAAUGGCGGGAGCAGAUUGCCUGGGCGUCCUGCGCGGACUUCAAAAACUGGGCUGUGCUGCUCUCUCCCUGCACCAACGGAAUGCUCAAGCCAGUUGGCAGUCUUCUUACUGCCUUCAGCAGGUCCUCUCGGUGAGAAGUAACACAGUUAGCAGCAGCAGAAUGCAUUCUGAGCCAUGCCCUGCGUCAGAGGUACACACGUGCCCUGGACCAGAUGCGCAGCCUGAGGCCUCAUUCCACUCUGAUGCUUCGCCUGCAAGUAGGCAGGAUGCACAUUCUUGUCGAGAAGGUACACAACAGGCAGAUACUGAGCACGUGUACCCCAAGGUAGACACUGCCCAGGGACUGUCAUCAUCUGCCUCAACGGAUAGCUUGCCGAGAGGAGAUGAGCAUGAAGAGGUUCGCCAACACGAACAGGCCGCUGCUCCGCCAGCACUAAGCAGUCGUGCAAGACAGCGGCGAGUACCUGCUAGUCGUAUUAGUCGCUUGAUGAGCUUCAGCAGUCUUGCAGCUGGGUUGGGUGUGGGUGCAGUAGCGGAGUUCUCCAAGCGUUCCAUUGGUUGGUCAGAAGGCACGGGUCAGUCCAGUCCGUUCCUGAACGAAGCCAACAUCAAUCGACUAGUGGCAACGCUUUGUCGCGUGCGGGGAGCAGCGUUGAAACUCGGCCAAAUGAUCAGCAUACAGGAUGGACAGUUCAUAUCGCCGCAGAUUCAGCAGAUAUUCGAGCGCGUGCGAGACGGCGCGGACUAUAUGCCAGCUAGUCAAGCCCAGAGGGCAAUAACCACAGAACUGGGUGCGAAUUGGCGUGACCAUCUUGAGAGCUUUGAAGAACUUCCGUUUGCUGCAGCAUCCAUUGGUCAAGUUCACGGGGCUGUGCUGAAAGACGGCCGUAAGGUUGUCAUGAAAGUUCAGUACCCGGGUGUUGCAGACAGUAUUGAUAGUGAUAUCAAUAACAUCAUGACUCUCAUGAACUCUACCAAGAUAUUACCCGAAGGUUUAUUUGCCGAGAAUGCUCUGAGAGUUGCGAAGAAGGAGCUGGGCUGGGAGGUGGAUUACGAGCGCGAAGCUGAGUGUGCUACCCGCUUUAGGGAAAUGCUACAUAAUCAUCCGUACUUAGUGGUGCCGGAGGUGAUCAAUGACUUGAGCGCAAAGCGUGUGAUCACCAUGGAAUAUCUGGAUGGCACUGCACUGGACCGAUAUGACAAUCUCAGUCAGACAGAGCGUAACAAGAUUGGCCAUCACAUGCUGGAUCUGUGCCUGCGAGAAGUGUUUGAGUUCCGCUUCAUGCAGACCGACCCUAACUGGUCUAAUUUCUUCUACCUGCCCAGGCAGCGAAAGAUCGGUCUGUUGGACUUUGGUGCAAGUAGGGAAUUCCCCAAGUCCUUCACGGAUGACUACCUGAAGGUUAUCCAUGCAGCAGCGCGCGGUGAUCGGCAGAGUGUUCUGGAUGGCUCAAUCAAGAUGGGCUUUCUGACAGGCUUUGAGAGCGAAGUCAUGAUGAAAGCGCACACAGAUGCAGUCAUGGUCCUGGGAGAGCCGUUCAUGUCGGCAAAGCCGUUUGACUUUGGUGAACAGCAUGUUACAGGCAGGAUUCGCCAGCUGAUGCCCGUCAUGCUGGAACACAGGCUGACACCACCUCCGGAGGAAACCUACUCGCUGCACCGCAAACUUUCUGGCGCCUUCCUCCUGUGUGCUAAGCUCAAGUCAAACAUCAGCUGCAAGCCCAUCUUGGAAGACAUCGUUGCCAAGUAUCGGUAUGAUUGAAGACCAUUUUGGAACCCAUUGUUGCCAAGUAUCAGAAUGAUUUUAGACCCUCUUGGAACCCAUGGUUGCCAAGUAUCAGAAUGAUUUUAGACCAUCUUGGGACACGUUGUUGCCAAGCAUCCGUAUGAUUGAAUUGUAUGCACAUGUUGGCCAUACUUAUUGAAAUUCUCACCAGCAGAAGACAUGCAGUUGUAACCAGUGGUUACACAAUUUUUUUCCCGAAAUACUGCAUGCAUAUUCUCAACUGGAACACACCCGUCCCCGUUUUAUCAUAUUUAUUCCAAGCAACCCAGCACAUCAUCGUACACGUGAGAACGUGCUUCUUUGGUCUGCGAUGUUCAUUCAUAGAAAUAGAUUUUCAAUUAUAUACGAGUAUCUUUGAAGGAAAUGCUGUGAUUCUGCACUAGUGCUGUUAAUGCCACUGCUACCGGAUGAGGCCUGUUGUACAUACAGUACGGUCAUAGUGCUCUUAGUUAAAAAAUGAAACUAGACAAUACAGAACUGCUAGGUUUUCUUCGAUUCUUCUCUAGAUAGAUGUUAAAAAACCAAUGUGCCUUGA